AUGGGUCUAACUGUCUUUCUGCUACAAAGUGGCUACCAAACUGCAAAUCGGCCACCAUGGAAUCAGUGGCAAAAUUGCCCUGUCAACGUUAACAGUAACCAAGGGGAUUCAGUCAAGUUUGAAUUAAAGCAACUUGGCGUUGUACAAUACUAUUACAUUUGUAAUCAAGUACGUAAUCAAAGAACAUGGCUUAUAUCGCCCUAUUUUGGACUCAAUUCUGCUAAGGAAAUUUAUAUCAAGAUCAGAUAUACUAAUACACAAGUUUGUCCUCAAAAUCGAUUCUGUGCGUCAGGUCUAGGUAUCUAUGCAAGCGUUUUAUUCGACCCAAUCGACGGAAACAUUUGUCAGACCGCAGUUCUAAAGAUUUUUAAAGGUUUAGUGGAAAGCCAACAUCAAGAUCGACCAAUUCGGACUAUACCACAACCCUAUAAAUAUCGUGAUACCUCCAAUGUGUCACCUCAACAAACUCCAAUUCCUUUUCUCAUUGCAAGAGAAUGGAGAUUAGCCAACAUGCACAUAACUAUUGAAGAUAGAGGAACAUGUAGCGAAAUUGAAGCUGUGUCUGUUUGGUAUUAUGCUUGCCCAUUAAUGAACUACCCGGAUGCUUUCUUUCCGCGUACAGUUGCACCAGCUGCCAUGAAUGGUAGUAUUACAGUGACUGGGAUAUGUUCUGGCUCUUCAACAAAUCUUCCUUAUGGUUUAAAAACUACUGCUGAAUGCCAACCUAAUGGUAAAUGGGCAAAUUAUGUCAAUAAUUGUCCUUGUAAUGCCGGUCGGGAAAGAAUUUUCGUAUCUUGCCAAGAUUGUAAAUUUAAUUAUUAUAAAUCAUUACCAUCGUCCGGAAAGUGCGAACGAUGUCCAAAUAGCAUGAUAACUAUUCGUAAAGGCGCCAGAGAAUGCGUAUGUCUGAAGAAUAGUAUUCUGCACAUAUCUGGGGAGUGUAUCACAAUGCCCGUAUGCAAGUUGUUCUAUUUGGCUGUUAAAAAUACAUCGGCAAUCUUACAAUUUAGCCGCAUCGAGGAACAAAUUACAAGGAAUAUGUCUUUUGAUUUAGAAUGUUUUAAUUGUAGCCUAAAGGAUAUUAAUUUUCGUCGUUAUACUGUUUAUACGGCCAACAUUACAUUAGAUAAGCAAUUAAUGGUAACUAACUUGAAACCAGCUACAAGUUAUGCAUUACGAGUAGUGCCAUGGAUUCAUAUCGUAGAUGGUAAACAGAAAAAGACACCUUGUGAAACAGUAAUCUUUCGGACACUAGAUGGCGUUCCUGGUCCUCCAACGAAAGUGAAAACCCAAAGCAAAAAGGGAAAUCCCUUAGUUCAUGUAUCUUGGAAGCCGCCUACAUUACCAAAUGGUGCUAUUCGUCGAUAUUUGAUUAUGUUUAGCUUAAAAGAAGCUUUUAAUGCAACUGCAGAAGAUCUUGAAAAAGAUGUUAUCGUCGAAGUAGAUCAUACCGUUUUAUUCUAUAAUAUUAGUACUUUACCUGUUCGAACAGUCUUUCAUGUCACGAUCAGAGCAGCAACUGUUCAUGGAACAUUUGGCCCUCCAAGUGUGACACGGAAUGUAACAGUUUAUGAGAGAGAUAGAACCACAUCUUCAGUUAUCGGAAGUGUUACCGGAGGAGCUGUAGCUACUGGUUUAGGAGUUUUUGCUCUGAAGUUUGGCAUGAUGGCUAAGGACGGAGUUAGUGCCGGAAAAAUUAUCGCCGUUGUCGAUAAAUGUAAUUAUACCUAA